AGAAAUAUUGUUUUAUGUGCAUAAAAUGGCAUAGAAAAUGCACUUUUAUGCACAUAAUUCGGUACAUAAAAGUGACUGAAGAAAGACCAACUGAAAAGUCAUUAAAAUAUAAUUUAAAUUCUGAUUUAUUUGAGGAAUAUUUCAUUGAAUUUACUACAUCAUUAUCUAAAUUAGGUUUUAUAAAUGCAAGAAAUGACAGCUAAAAAAGUCCUGAUUGCAUUGGGUAUUGCUACUAUAUGUACCAUUUUCAUCUUAAAUAAUGAGAUUAACUGGAAAUCGGUGAAUAAUUACAGCGUCGUAUACUCCAAUUAUAAUAUAGACGAGGAGGAACCAUUUCCAGAUCCUAAACAGUCCUGCAAACUUCCAAGAAUUCAUCCGUUCGAUGAGUCCAUCCUUCGAUAUCUGCAGGACUCUAAACCUAUUUACUGCAAAGUCAGACAGGAUCCUUUGACUUAUGUUAACGAUUCGGGUUUUUUGGUCUUUAACAAGAGUCAUGUUCGAGGUUCUUCACCGCCUAAUUGUGAUUUUAAAUACAUAAUUAGAAAAUCCGACGAUGUAGUGAUCUAUACCGAUUCUCAAAGCCUUCCAUUGGAGGGUGUCAUCUUGCAACACGAUUUUGUAAUUGUCUCGUGCUAUAAUUUCGCUGGAAUUUCUUAUUAUACUAACUAUCACGCUCAUAUCCACAGGAUAGCAUUGAAAAAAGUGGAGGAUAAAAGAAAAAGAUAUAAUGUCAUGCUCUUAGGAAUCGAUUCAUUGUCUAGACUCGCCUUUAUAAGGCAACUACCAAAAACUUAUAAUUAUUUAACGAAAGUUAUGGGUACUCAUGUCCUUAGAGGUAUGACUAAAAUCGGUGACAAUACUUUUCCUAAUUUGAUAGCUCUCCUAACAGGGAAAUUUCCAGAAGAGCUAGCCUUGCCCGAAGACAAAACCUACGAUCAGUGGCCUUGCAUAUGGAAGGAUUUCUCCAAAGAAGGAUAUGCUACGAUGUUCGUAGAAGAUCGUCCAGAUAUUAGCCUUUUUAAUUAUAUGAGAAAGGGUUUCCAUACUCAACCUACUAAUCAUUACUUUCGUCCAUUUAUGAUGUCCUUAGAAGAUUCAAAAGUUCAUCGUUUUAGUUCGCAUUUAUGCUUCGGCGAGACGCCUAAGCAUUUACUUCUUUUGAAUUACGCUGACAAGUUUAUUAAGAACUAUAACUCUUACAGGCCCUAUUUUGGCUUUAUAUUUUUCGUGGAGUUGAGCCACGAUUACGUCAGCCAAGUCAGCAUAGCUGACGAUGACUUAACAAAAUGGCUUCGAGACAAGUACGAGAAUGACUAUCUNUGUAAAGGGUGCGGUCUAAAACACUAA